UUGAAUUUACUUAUUUUGUUUGUUAAUCCAUAACAGUGUGAAUAUCUCAGUAGGAGAGUAAGAAGACCGGAUGAUGAUGACUGGGAUGCACACCGUUGUUGAUAUAUUCUGUGUGGGGUGUGGCUCAAUUGUGGGAUGGAAAUACGAGUCUGCACAUGAAAAGACUCAGAAGUACAAGGAGGGAAAAUUCAUUCUUGAGAGGUUUAAGGUGUUGGGUCCUGAUGGAAGCAACUACACGGUGAGCCAUGAAGCUGUGGUUAGGGCAGUGAUUCUUAUACUACCAAAUGUUUUAAUUGUACAUUCUCUUCACCUCAUGUGAUUUUUGGCCUCUUAAUGUGGAAAAAUUCUGUUAGAUAACCUCUGCAAAUGAUACGAAAAUGAUACCAUUCUUCCAAAGUCCAUUUUUGUUUCAUUGGUUGCUUA